CAUCCUGCUCCUCUUCUUCCUUUCUCCCUUCCUGUUGCUGCUUCCUCUUGGGAAUUAUGGCUCACCCGGGGAGAAGGGGCUACGAUAACCGGGAGAUAGUGCUGAAGUACAUCCACUAUAAACUCUCCCAGAGGGGAUACGACUGGGCUGCCGGCGAGGACAGGGCACCCCUGCCUCCAUCUCUCUCUCCUCCUCCUGCUGCUGCGGUUGCUGCUGCUGCUGGGACUUCCUCUGAUCACACUGGGCUGGUGUCUCCGCACCCUGAGCCCCCCGGCUCGGCUGCUGCUAGCCACGUGCCCCCGGCCGAGGGGCUGCACCCCGCGCCCCAGGCCGUCCACCUCACCCUACGCCAGGCAGGGGACGAGUUCUCUCGCCGCUACCAGAGGGACUUUGCCCAAAUGUCUGGCCAGCUGCACCUGACGCCCUUCACGGCCAGGGGCCGCUUCGUGGCAGUGGUGGAGGAGCUUUUCCGAGAUGGGGUUAACUGGGGCAGGAUCGUGGCCUUCUUUGAGUUUGGCGGCGUGAUGUGCGUGGAGAGCGUCAACCGGGAGAUGUUUCCCCUUGUGGACAGCAUCGCUGCCUGGAUGACCGAGUACCUGAACCGGCACCUGCACAACUGGAUCCAGGACAACGGAGGCUGGGAUGCCUUUGUGGAGUUGUAUGGCAACAGUAUGAGGCCUUUGUUCGAUUUCUCCUGGAUCUCUCUGAAGACUAUCCUGAGUCUGGUUCUGGUGGGAGCUUGCAUCACUCUUGGCGCUUAUCUUGGACAUAAGUAGAGUCACCCAGUUUAUCGUGGAUUACAAAAGCCUUUCAAAACAACAAAAUAAUAUUUUUUUUUUCUGUAGCACAAUGAUAUUUUAUGAGCAAAACAACUCCCCAGCUAAAGAUUAAAUCAGCUAUUACUGCCAAAGGAAAUACCAUUUAUUUUUACAUUGCAGGAGAAUUAUUUAUUAAAAGAUAUUUACAUUUUAACCUGCUAUUUUCAGAAACUCUGCAAGUUGUAUCUGUCAUCACAUUGUGUUGCUAUUCUUAACUUUAAUGAGCCCCAAAGUAUUUUAGGUUCUUUUUUUAAUAAAUGCAGCUGACUGGAUUAUAUUCUCUCUGAAGAGCUGACAAAGACCUACCUGCUUACACAUAUGAGGGCAGUUACUUGAGCUGCUAACGGCUGCUUAAUUGUUUUGAUUUUUCUUGCAUUUUUCCGGAUGGCUGGGAGGGAUCUGAAAGACAAGGUCAGCGUGAACCAAGUUCUCACCCUGUCCUGCUGGCAAGAACUGAUGGAGUAAACAAUUCAACAUGGUACAAAUGUGGACUCAAGAUGGCAACUUCUUGAAGGACACUUGGCUAUCCCUACAGGAGAACAGUUGGACAUACGAUUGCCUAUGCCUUGCAAGCAUGCAUUUUCAAGUUAUCAGUUGUGCCAUCACAUCAUAAUCACAAUACCCUAAUACAUGUCAACUCGAAUACCUUUUUUUUUUACUAGAAGAGUGAAGUUAAGUCUUUGGGGCUAGCAGGAAAUUGUCAUUCCAGUUAUUUUCUCAGCAGUAAAACGUUUUUUGCGGCUACUGACACAGAAACAUCAGGAGACCUUAAGUGCCUGCUUCAUCAGAGCAGAGCUGGAGUCUGAAGACCUGACCUGUGUCCCACUGUAGUGGGCUCAUAUCUGCAACUAAUCCUGUUUACUUACUGAGUUCCUCCAGGGGUUUGAAACCAAUUAGAUGUGGUCUCUAAAUCUCUGAAAGUUGAAAAAGCUCUUAAUUUUAUUUGGCAAGAAACAGACCUCAGCUGAGUUACAGAUUAGCUCUGACUAUCCUUGUUUAUCAACCUGGACACCAAAAUCAAGUUCAUUUUCAUAACAGGAAAAGAAAGUGAGCUUUAUCCUCCUGCCCCUCGCCCUCAAAAUUGUUUCAUGCCGAUAAUUUCCUAAGACUGUCUACAGAAGAAAAGAUGAUGAAGAAUCUCCAGAUCCUCUCUUUGGACAGAGACAUUUUGACACCUCUAUCGUGCAGGUGCCUACUGUCAUUUCAGGCGAAAAUAGGGUGGAGGAAAAGGGGUGCGUGUGUGUGAAAUCAUCUGUUCAUGUUACAAAAUGCAACUCAAGUAAAAAUAAAGCUGAGUACUCAAUAUACAGUUUUAUAAAUGUACCUGUGUUCUGAAACCAGAUGCAUCAAUGCAUUUUAAUGCAGGGCUUUCCAUGUACUCAGAGAGGGAGAUCUGAGGAAGCUGAAGAGUUUGAAGCUGCUCUGAGGCAUGGAAAUGUCCAGCUUCCAAUGUUUAAGUCAAGCACUCCUAUUUUUUCUAUGAAACUUUUGAAAUCUGGGAUUUGUGGGUAAGUGGAUGUCCUGACAUUAAAAGAAAGGGUUGCAAAGCUCUGGAUAAAAUGUACCGUACAAUACAUAAGUGCUCUAAGGAUGAAAAAAAAAAUACAGUGAAUUAACUGUAGAUUCAACCUCAAGAUUUCAGUCGAAUAACUUUGUGGCAUUAUAUGCAAAAUAUCUCCAUUAACUUGGGAAUGUAAUAUGUUCAAUGUUAAGACUGUAGUUGAUGUUGUGUCUUCAAAGCUGCUUUUUUGUUUGUUUGUUUUUUUUAAGAGUUGUACAUCUCAGCAUUUUUACUGCUAUUUAGUCAUGGCACCUACACUUUGUAUGAGCAAAGAUGGAACGAGCUUACAUUUCAAAUUUGCAAUUACUUUUCAUUUUAUAGAAACAUAGAAAACGUUUCUAAGAAAACAAAAAAUGUGAACUAUGCUUGCUUGAUUAAAGAAAAAUGAAAAAAACAGCAUCAAACAAAAAGCAUCUGGAGUGUUUUCAGAGUGUUUCUGUCACAAGUGAGCAUGCUCAUGUAGGGUUCAUAUGAAAAAAUAUUUGAAAUGGAAGCAACCGAAUGUUGUGGCUUGAGUGUGGGCUUUGUUUUUUUCAGCUUCCAAGCCUAAUUUGUUUGCAGCCAAUUUCACAAUUGGAAUUGGCUGGUAUUGAGCUAAUGUUUCAUUUCACAACCUAGUCUUCGUUUCAAUUUGUGCCCAUACACCCACUAAAGUUCAUGAGCUAUUAGACCUCAAAUUGUUUCAAUAUUUUUUAUUUUAUUAAAGGUUUACAUUGUCAAAAGUUGUAAAAGAGUAACUAUCAAUUCCAGUGCUGCUAUACUACCAGGAUAAUUUGAAUGGGGUUUAUUUUUUAAUACCUUCCAACGGCAAAAGUUUUUUAAAGCUGCUUUAGAAAUAAUAUGAAGAAGACGCAUGAUACACAUUUAAAUAAAUACUGAGGAUUUUGUGUUCUGUUGUGUCUACUCACUGGAGGUCCCAGUGUAUUAGUUAAUACCAGGCAAAAAGAAGAGUCAUGACGACUGUUGAUGAUUUUAUUUUAUUAAAGAGCUAAUUGAGUUUUCCCAUCCUGACUGCAGAAUAGUACAGUAUUGUGGCUGCAUUAGGUAUAAUGAUAGUUGAUGAUAAUACAUUUAUUAAGAAGCAUAUUAGAAACAUUGAAUGUAUAUAAAAGCUUGAACUUCUUUAAUAAAAUCCUCUCCUCUCACUCCUGCAUUUCUUUUGCAAUAAUUCCGGUCACUCCUAUUCUUCAUGACGCUUUCACAUGACUUUUUGUUCCCCACAAAAUGCCUUACAGACUUCCAUGCUCCAAGACUUAUGCUUCAGUGAAAACGCAUCUUCAGUCACUAGGAAUGCACACACAGCUGACCACUGCCAGCAUAUCCAAGCUGAAGAAGCAAAACAUAAGUAAGAGGGACACUUCUGAAGUGGUUAGGUGUGGAAGAUCAGAGGACAACAAAGGAAGAGGUUAGUAAGUAGAGGGAAACAAAGAGAUCCCUGAAAUAACUCCUGGGUUAAAGAUGACUCUUAGCUGGAAUCUGUUCUCUCAUCCUUUUCCUUGAAAAAGGAUGAUAUAAGGGCAGAAUAAAAAAUUACAGAGGCUCCACAAUUAUUCUUUACUAUAAAACUGUGUUAAUUCUGAAGACAGUCUUUAUCAAAACAGGAAACCUAUAGGAAUUUAAAAGAAAUACUUGAUUUUGCUGUAUUCCAUUUAUUUCUUAUUAAUUCUUUUUCACUCCAUUGCUUAAGAAAAUUAAAAAAUCUGAAAAAAAAAAAUCUGUAAGAUCACCUAAGAUCUGUUAUAGAUCAUUAACAUAGGAACAGAUGGAAAAACAGUAAAAAAAAUGUGCAAGUUAAGUAUUCUGAAAUUCUGUGGAGCUGACACAGUGGACAUUUCUUAAUGGAGCAUGCACUGGAUCAAUCAAAGGAGUAAUGGGACUGUCAAGGUAACAGAGAAUAUACAGAUAAGGAAGGGGGCUUGAAGAUAUGGAGGAUGACACUGGUAUGUAAGAAAAUUUCAAGUUUCAUUAGAUGCAGGAAUACACCCAAGGUGGUCUGAAAAUAACUUCUAACUAAAACCAGUACAAACGUGUGCACUACAUUGACUGCAAUUACUAAAAAUUAUCAAUGACAAAAUUCUUUGUAAAUCAUAAAAUUAUCCAAUCACUAUUUAUCAGUUACACUUCCUGAGUGGGAUUGCACUAAUAAGGAAAAAUUAUGAAAAAAAAGAAAUGUUUCUCUGUAACCAGAUGUGCAAAGGAAACAUGAAGAUGAUAGAGUUCAGGACUGCAUGCGUUGACCCUGAAGCAUGACACUGCUUAGCCAUGCACCUGCAUUCCACUGCACAAACCUAGAAGUCCUAUUGGUUAAAAGUAUAGUGAAGUAGCAUGUUUAAAGCCUUUUUUUUUCCUCUUUCUAUCUUUGAACAAGGUAGCAAAGUGACUUCAUUUGUAUUAUGAGUUUAUGGCUCAGUACUAUAUGAAAAAUUAAACAUCUUUUGAUUUAGGAGUAUAAAACAUCUUUUGAUUUAGGAGUAUAAAAAUGCUUUCUCAUUGCAAAAGCCCAUCUCUGUUUUUCAUUCUAUUUCUUUUCAAACAAAGCUAAGUACAAGGAAGGCAUUUAAUCUGUAUUUGGUUUCAGUCACACUCCUAUACUAAGUUAAUGCAGCUUCAUCACACAGUGAAAUAUUUUUAUAAUUUAAAUAGCAUAUUUUUUUUCCUUUUCUUCUGAAUAUUUGAAUUUUAAUUAUCACCAGCGUAAAUGUACAUAAGCAGAUAUCGUUUAUCCAGUACCUUUGGAUGAUGUAUGUAUGGUAAUGUAGUUUGUCAGUUUAUCAUCAUUUAAUAUGAUUAUGUUGUUCUCUGUCUUUAAAAUGUUAUAAGAACAUGCUGCCAUUAAACCUUCCAUGUCUGUCUAGUUAAUAUUGUGAAAAAAAUAAUAAAGCACACUGUGAGUUACU